CUCUGAGCCAGCUCAGCUGCUGGCGAUGGGCUCCUCCCCUCCCGUGAUGACACUGGAGGAGGCGGGGGAUCGGCUUAUACAAGCCGAGAAGGCCGACAAGGACCACAUGGCAGUGGUCAAUAAAUCGCUCGCAGCCCUUGAAAACUCCCAGACGACGGCGAACACACUGCUGCUUCUGCUGGUUGUGGAGUUGAGCGGUGCCGCAUUGGCUCACUUCAUCAUUGGCAGCGUCAACAACGCGCAGCUGGUGGCUCACGAGGGGACCAUCAAGGCCCUGCAAGAGCAGCACCUGCUGGACAAGGACGCACUGAUUGGCAAACACGAGGUGGCCAUCGCUGAGAAGGAGGCGGCAAACAUGCUUCUCCAGGAUCAGUUGGCAACGGCCACCGCGGAUCUGGAGAACAAGACUGCCGCAAUUAAGGCCCUCCACAAGGAGGUCGCACAGCUCACGGAGGGUCUUCGGAACACCACACAGGCCCUGCAGCAGAGAGACAAGGCCAUCGUGGCUCUCAAGGACCGAUUCCAGGCCAGUGAGGGAGCCCUCGCCCGAGCGAAUGAGCGUCUGAAGAAGUGGUCCCAAGUCGGUGGGGGCUUCGUGACUGCGGCCAUGGUCCCCGUCUGCAUCCUCAGCGCCCUGGGUACCUUCUGCAGCUUUUGCGCCACCAUUGCGCUGGUGCUAGGACCCUUGUUCAGCUGGAUGGAAGGAUCCAUGAAGAAGGUCGAUUGGCGCGAGGCAAUCAAGCACGUCUUCUUCAUCAUAGGUGCGGCCGCUGCGCUCGCCUUCUGCAUCUGGGCACUGCGCCUGAGUUCCACCUUGGUGUGUGAAGCCAUCUCUGCGCCCGCCUGAGGCACACACAUGUGAGAGAGAGGAGGAAGGCCACUGGACUCGACUUGGCUACCUAUGGUGUCUGUGCGAGGGUGGGUGGGUGGCUGAUGUAUCCUGAGGGAUGGGGGAGCGGUCAUGUGUCCGUGGUAAGUAAUGGCGGUUGUCUGUCAACCAACGGCCAAAGCGACUGUGGGUGUGACGGAAUUGAUUGACUGACUGACUGACUGGCUGACCGGCCGAUCGGUUGCUCUUCCCUGAGUGGCUGCCAGUGUGCCUUAAUUCGUUAGCCUGGCCUGUGAUGUUCGCCUGUCCUGCUUUGUGACUGACAGAGGGGAGGGGGGAUGUUUCUGUAGGAUUCAUGGUGCUGUGGGGGUCGGCUGUUUCGUUGGUUGGACACUUUGGGUG